AUUUAUUUUUUCGUCGAAAAAAAACAAGAUUAGCUUUUAGAAAUCGAAAAAAGAUGUACCAAGCUUAUUUUAAGUUAGUCGCGAAAAAUUCCAAAAAUGGAAGUAGAAAGUCGUGAACCUUUUAUAAAAUGAAUGGAAGUUUAAGAUGCAAGGUACAGAGCCCAUUGUGGUCCAUUAAAACUUCUUUCUCAAACUUCGCCUUAAUUUUGUCUAAAAAUUUUACCAACUGCAUCCGAAUGUUUGUUCUGGAAGUUUGUAGGUACCAAUGGUGAAAGAAGUUUUAAUUUACUACACUUUGAAAGUUUCGUUUCUUACAUGACUAUUUUGCGACCUCUAGGUUUUUCAUUGUUCUAUAACUUUAAAAUAGUAAAAGAUAGAAAAUAAUAUCAUUAAGAGAAAUUAAAUGGUGUAAAAUGGAGGAUCACAGGAUACAUGCAUCGGUACCGGAAGUGGAGGCGUUCCAAAGAUUUUAAGGUCAAUUAUAUUUUUUUAAAUGGAAUUGUAUAUUUUAUUAAAUGUAAAUCGCUGCAUUUUAUUAUUCUUUACAAAGAAGUAUUAGGGUACUUGGGCUAAAAAUUGAAUAGUUCAAAAGAUAUUCUAGGGAGGGCCCCAGGAAAUACCUUUUGCGAACACACCGGGACCUCCCACCCCUGGUGCCCCAAUCUCGGGGGAGGGUCUAGCCUUUGAGGGGCCCCAGCCACAGCCCCCUGCGGCCGCGCGAUCGAUGUUGGGGCCACCCGCCUCUCCCCGGUCUUCCUUUUUUCGUGGAGAGACACUUAAGUUUUCCCUGUCCCUCCUUAAGAUAUCUUUUGAACUAAUCAAUUUUCGAUCAAAGUAUGUUAAUAUUUUUUUGUAGAGAAUAAUAAGAUGCUGUGUAAUUCAACUACAUAGUAAGUGAAAUAAGAUUGGUUCAACGAUGCACAUCGAAGCUCACAUGUCCUCUUCGUCCAUCGCUUUCACGUUUGCUCGCUCGGUGGCUCGUUGGGCGCGUUAGUCCUCUUCUUAACGCGGAACUUUCGACCUCUCAUAUGCUGGCGAAUAACGGAGCUAGUUUAGUUUAUGCUCGACUCUGUCGUCGGUCGGAUCAGUGGAGGGAUCAGUGUUUGUCGGUGAAGAAGAGAACCGACUAGACGGGACGCGCGGGACUCACGAUAUCUUCGUGAAGAGUAAUCUGAACGAACUGAGAACACGAACAUCCCGGUAGUCGCAUUCGAGCCGAUCGAGAACGAUGACGAACGCCGAGAAUACAGAAUCGAAAAGAAAUCCUGACGGGGUGUCUAAUGCCUCGAACGAGAUUACCGAUCACCGCCCUUUGAACGAGGACACGCAGGAUGGUCAUCGGCUCGAAGAGAACUCGAAUUCGAGUACCGAAGGGAAUCCCUUGUUGGAUUCUGACCGAAAGAAUUCAUCGAUUAAAGUUGACGUCCCGAUCAAGUUGAAGAGGGAUAACAGGGAUGAAGAGGAUCGAGCGUCGAUGAAUACAUCCAGAAAGGACCCAGAAGCAGAUGAUCGAAACGUGAACGUUCCACCUGACGGUGGUCUUCGAGCGUGGAUGGUCAUGAUCGGCAGUUUCGUGAUCAAUGGUGUACUUUUUAGCGUCAUUAAUACCUACUCGUUGAUUUAUGUGGAGUUGCAGAAGAGGUUGUUGGAGUCGGGAGAGACGGCAGCGUCAUCGAAGGCGGCUUUGGUAGGGUCAUUAACGAUCGGUACUACAUUCUUCUUAUCGCCAAUUUCUGGCAUUCUCACUGAUAAAAUUGGGAUUCAGAUGACCACGUUUCUGGGCGGUGCUCUCGCCUCUGGUGGCAUGUUUCUCUCAUCGAUAUUUUCUAGCGAGGUGUCAUUGCUCUAUUUGACGUACGGAGUUAUGUACGGGCUUGGUGCGAGUCUUGCCUACACACCGAGUCUAGCGAUCUUGGGACAUUAUUUUAAAAGAUAUCUGGGCUUGGUCAACGGGAUCGUUACGGCUGGCAGCUCGAUAUUUACCACCCUCAUGCCGUACCUCAUGGAGAUCAUACUCCGCCGUUUCGGUCUUGAGGGAACUUUAAGAUUUCUGGCCAUGCUUACCGCGAUCGUGAUGGCCUGCGCCAUCCUCUUCAAACCGAUUCCUCUUAAUUCUGUGUCCAGGGUGGAAUCAAAGUCGAAAUCAAGCUUCCAAAGUUGUCUGAAGCAAAUGAUUAACGUUUCUAUUUGGAGAAAAAAACGAUACGUGGUAUGGGCUAGCUCCAUUCCUCUUGCUCUGUUUGGGUACUUUGUGCCGUACGUUCACAUUGGAAAAUUCGUUGCGACGGUGUUUAAAGAUUCCGAUGGAAAAUUGCCAAUCAUGUGCAUCGGUAUCACAUCCGGUAUCGGUCGAUUAGUUUUCGGAUACAUUGCUGAUUUACCGAGGGUGAACAGAAUAUUGUUGCAACAGAUAUCCUUCCUUAGCAUUGGCGUUCUUACAAUGCUCCUUCCCGUCACACCUUCGUUUCUUGUAUUAUUACUCAUUUCCUUGGCCAUGGGAUUAUUCGAUGGAUGCUUCAUAUCCCUUUUGGGCCCCAUUGCAUUUGAUAUCUGUGGUCGAGAAGGAGCAACCCAAGCCAUUGGAUUCCUAUUAGGCAUGUGUUCGGUACCCUUAACAGUGGGCCCCCCAAUUGCUGGUCUUCUCUAUGAUCAAACUGGUAGCUACGAUCUGCCCUUCUUUUUAGCUGGUAUCCCACCAAUAGUAGGUGCGCUAACGAUGUUCCUAAUAAAGUUCGUUAAGGAAGAGGAUCCGAAACCCGUUAGAGGGAAUACGGAGGAUAAAGCUGCCUGUCAGAAUGGGUACUCGAGCAUCGACUUUCUGUCCCCGUGCUUGGUGACGACCCUCAAACCCGCGUGCCACUCGCACGAGCAAUCAAGCUGGAAGAUGAUGCGUCGAGAAGAGGACGACCAUUCGUCCCAAUGCUGUGGAUCUCAACGGAGCGUAGUGUGCCAUCAUCAUAAGUGCCCCGAUUAUUCUAAACAUUCGGAGAACAUGCCACUGCUUCAAACCGAGAACCAGUCACCUGUCAGUCUUUUUUAAAGGACACCUCAGUCGUCGAUGUUUCUUACGUUUUAGCUCCCUGAAUAAAUGUUUAGAACUCGGCGAGAAAUAGUUAAAAUCGGGCCUCGAGGAAGCUAAUUGCAAUGUCACGCGAAUUAAGACACGGCUUACAUUUAAUAGCCACGAAACAAGCUUCAAUGUUCGAGCAAUUUUAACCGAAUUAGAGAUAUUUUAAAGCGGCAGAGAUGUUUCUUAGAAAUAUAAAGAACAAAUGUUCUCAGUGGAUCUUCUGUUCUCUGCUCGAUGGAAAAUAUAUGAGGACUAGUCAAUAAGUAUGUUAAUCAAGGUGGAUACGGGGUGAAACAUGAUUUAGUAGUCAAAAUUUCAUUUUAUUGCAGUUGGUUGGGGUUUUGAAGGAAAUAGUGAAGCUCCAUACUCGUUGCUGUACAGUACGAGUAUUGAAGGUCUAUGCUCAGUACUGUACAGUACUGACAAUGAGUAAUGAAGGUCUAUGCUUGGUACUGUACCGAGCAUAAAUCUUCAUUAUUCGGUGCUGUACAGUACUGAGCAUAGACCUUCGUUAUUUUUUUCACAAUUCCACUUAAUUGCAAUUUUUUCAAAACGACGAAAUCAUAAUACUAUACCAUCUACUAUUCAAAAACGAUUCAAAUCGUUCAUUAGAUUUUUUAAAAAUUAUUGCAUUUAAAAGGUAGCAUCAUAUUUUUCAAAGCCACUAUACAUAUCUCUUUUAGAUAACCUACUUAUUGAUUGGCCCUCGUAGGUGUCAAUAUUUCUAACGAAAAAUAAAUGAACGAAUUGGUCAAACGUCACGUCAAUUGAAUGGAAAUACUAGUUCAUCUGAACAAUAAUCUAUUUUUAGAAGGUUAAUGUACUGUACGCGUUUGAAUUCGUUAUAUAUUUUAUGCGAUUUACUAGUGGAUGUAACUUGUGCAAAUAGUACAAACGUGUUAAGACAAGACUAAAGUAUAAUAUGAAGAUGUUGUUAAUUAAUUGUAACUUCAUCGACAUUUAUUUUUAAACAAUGGCAUUUCAAGUUAAAUAUUUUUCCAAUUUACGUUAGAAAUAAUUAUAGGAAUUAGGUUUUUUUUUUUAAUUCGAAUCAAAUGUCAUCAACGACGAAUAAACUGACAAUACCAUAGAACUCUUAUGCACAAAGUAACUUUUUUCAUUAUUUUUAAUUAGGGAAAAUUUUAUUAGCGUUGUGACCGUUGUUACUCGUUAAAAUAGAAAUCUUAGAAAUGCUUAAAUAAAAAUAUUUUAGUCGGUAUAAUGUUCACUGUUUUAGAUAAAUCGUUGUAGAAAUUGAUCGCUCGAUUAAUUAAUAUCACUUAAAUUAGUCAAUUAAUCGGUAGAUAAUAUUAGAAAAUUUUAUAACGUUUACACAUCAUAUCUUAUUUUGAUUUAUAUUUGAUCAUUCUCUCUAUUUUACAGUUACAAUGAAUCAAUUAAGUAAUAAGAUUUUGUUGUAGGAUUUUUUUUAUACCUAGAUCAUACGUCGACCAUAACAUAAUUAAUGAUACAAAAGUACUCUAUUUUCCUAGCGUUAAGAGAGCAAAAGAAACAUUAUUUUUCUCGUAACAUUGUACAUAAAAAAUAGUUGGUAUAUUUGUCAAGUUAUGUAAAAGUAAUAAAGAAAUACGAAUGUUACAAA